AUGAGGGGCAACAGUGAUCUCCCUUUGCCACAUGAUCAGCCAAGUGCUGAUUCACAGCUAUUGGGAAUUGUGUUGAACCACAGAAUGAACAUCUGGAAUGUGACAUUCAGAAUCAUUACCUUAUCACAAACUACAAUUGGAAUUCUUGGAAAUGUCUCCUUUUUGUUGUCUUAUCUAGUCCUUUACUUUAGAGAAUGUAUAUUAAAGCCCACAGAUUUGAUUCUCAUGCACCUAAUGGCAGCCAAUGCCUUGAUCAUUCUCUCUGCAGGAGUGCCUGAAACAAUGGUAGUUUGGGGAUUUAAACAUUUCUUGAAUGAUUUUGGAUGUGUGUUCGUAUUGUACAUUCAAGGAUUUGCUCGAAAUGUGUCCAUUGGUGCCACCUGUCUUUUGAGUGUCUUCCAGGCAAUGACCAUCAAUUCCAGGAAGUCAUGUUGGAGGGAUCAUAAAGCCAAAGCAACAAAACACAUUCAGUGCUCUGUUUCCCUAUUGUGGGUCUUCUACAUCUUGCUACAUUUCAUAAUGGUGAUGUACACACUUACUGAAAUGAAUAGCAAAAACGUGACAAGAAACCGAGAUUUUGGAUAUUGCUCUAUUGUAGGGCGUGAUGAAACCAUAGACUCACUCUAUACAGCAUUGGUGAUGUGCCCUGAGUUCUUUUAUGCUUUGCUCAUUACCUGUUCCUGCACCUCCAUGAUUGUCUUCCUGUACAGACACAAGCAGAGUGUUCAACACAUACGUAGCUAUCGUGGUUCCAGUAGGUCCUCCCCUGAGUCCAGAGCCACCCAGAAUAUCCUGGUGCUGGUGUCUACCUUUCUGGCUUUUUAUACUCUCUCUACCAUUUUGAGAGGCUGCAUUGCUUUUUUGUAUAAUAACAAUUUGUGGCUUGUGUAUAUCUCUCGAUUCACUUCUCUUUGUUUUCCCUGUCUUGGACCCUAUAUUCUUAUAAGACAUCACUCAGUUUUGUUGAUAUUUAAUUUGGAAUGGUUAAGACAUUUUUUCUGA